UGCUAUAUUGGUGAAUUGACCAAGAGUAUGAGAACAAUUGCUCUGCAACAAUGUGAUUUUUUUGCUGUGCCAGGAUUGAAAUUGUUGCGAAAAAAUCAUCAUGUUUUUCUACAUUGUUGGCAAUGCCAAUGUAUCAGGUAAUGAUAAGAAUCAGGAGAUUGAUGAACAACAAUCCAGACCUGUCCAGAAACAGCUGCUCGCUGUUAAAAGUCAACAUUCUCCUCAAAAAUGUUGUUUACCCAAACCAGAGUUGCCGAACCUGAUGUGCAGUGGCCAAGAAAACCAUGCAUCACAAUCACUGGGAAUUCCACUAACUCCGGAGGCUGGCAGCUCUAGUGAAGUUGAAGAAGUUGAAGAUUUGGACUUCCCUCAGUGGCAGGGUGUAGAUGUUUGCUGUGGGGAGCAGUGUUCCCCUGAGUCUGACCUUGACAGAAUGGAUUAUUUAUGUGAACAUAGGACUAGUGCUUCGGAAAAGUUAAAUUCUUGUUGUUGUUUGUUAAAAAGUUUAUCUAGUGAUGCCAAUGGAGCUGAAAAUUUAUGUGUUCAAAAAAUGUAUGAAUCAUCGUCUGGUAAACCAGUACGAUAUGCAACACGUGUGCAUGCAGAAUAUGCCCCAAACAAAGUGCGACCAAAAAGUAUGUGUUCUGUUGAACUAAAUAGUGAAAUGAGAUCUCCUAGAAUAAGGCCGGACAUCAGGAUAGAGAAUGAGGAUGGGGUCUGGCCCCUGUCAGACAGUGUUAACUUUGACAGUUUUGGCAAGAGAACUCCAGGAUGUACCCGUCGUGCCAGCGAAUGUCUCAUUCUGGAGCCAUCAGAGAUGAUCGUUAUCGAUUAUCCUGAUGUCCAGAUUAUGAAAAACAGCCGUAGUGGACAAUGUAACAAUGUCAACAUCAAUCGAAUGUUUGAUUUAGAACAAGAAGAAUCCAAGUUACGAAAAAUGCACUGUGAUACAGCAGUGGAACAGCCUCCACCAGAAUUCAAAAAUGAAAUGGUAUACUCACGUAAUGAAAUACAAAUAAAAAGAAGUUCUCGAGCGAGUGAUACUUCCAGUGCAUACUCCGGGUCAGACAUGAUGCAGUCGUCCAUUGAUGACCAGGAAAAUCCAGAUAUGGACCUAACAGGGAUGCCGGAGGGUUAUGUCGACUCUGACGAUGAUGAGGACAAAUUGUCUAACACUGAGUCUAUACGAGAUUCAGUACAGGAAUGUCUACAGAAAGAGCCAAAAGACAGAACAGAGGAUGACAUUGAGAUACUUCUGGAAUUCAUACAGCACUUUAGGGCCUUUGCCAAUUUGACACAACCUAUCCGGCGUGAGUUGUGUGCGGUGAUGGUGUUUGCCGUGAUUGAGAAGAGAGGUACGGUUGUGAUGAGGGACGGGGAGGAGCUGGACUCCUGGUCCGUCAUUCUGAAUGGUCAAGUGGAGAUAAUUCACUCAGAUGGGUCAGCAGAAUUCCUGCAGAUGGGAGACAGCUUUGGGAUUUCCCCAACCCUAGACAAGAUGUACCACAAGGGAGAGAUGCGGACAUUGUUAGAUGACUGUCAAUUUGUCUGUAUAGCUCAAGAUGAUUACCACAGGAUCCUAGACAAGGGCAAAGAGAACACAGAGAAGCAUGUUGAAGAAGGUCAGGUUGUGAUGGUGACAGAACAUAGGAUAUUUGACGGAGGAAACCGAAAAGGACAAAUUGUCAUCAGAGGCACACCUGACCAUCUAACACAACAUUUAGUGCAGGAGCACUCAGCAGUUGAUCCUUCCUAUGUAGAAGAUUUCCUACUUUGCUUUCGUGUCUUCAUAAAAGAUCAUAUGGACUUGGCAAACAAAUUACAGAACUGGUUUGAGACACCAAGUUACAGGAAUAAGGUGACGAGGGUUGUUCUACUGUGGGUCAAUAAUCACUUUGUGGACUUUGAGACAGAUGCUCCCCUCUGUGAGUUCCUGGAAAACUUUGAAGGCCUUCUAGAACGAGAACUCAGCAUUGAAACAAGUAGAAAGAUUAAAGCGGAAAUGUUUGGUCAGCUGAGGCUAUUGAACAUAGCUUGUGCUGCCAAAGCCCGAUCCAGAACUAUCACAUUAACCAGAGCUACGAGAGAGGAGGUGUUACACUUUUCUGUCCUCGGGGGACAGGAAAGGGGCUUUGGUAUUUUUAUUUCCAAAGUAGAAAAGGGCUCCAAAGCUUAUGAGGCUGGCCUCAAAAGGGGAGACCAGAUUUUAGAAGUAAAUGGCGCCAGUCUGAAUAAUGUCUCCCACAACCGUGCACUGGAGUUACUAAGGGGAACAACUCAUCUCUCUCUCAAUGUCAAGUGUAAUCUCCUGGACUUUAAGGAGCUGUUAGAAGUCCCGGACAAGAGACAAAGUAAGGAAGAUACGCCGGCGCUAAGUAAACGGUCCUCCACAGGGGACCUAGAGUCCAAGACCCCAAAGAGUGAGAAGAAGGAGAAAAGGGACAAGAAAAAGUUCUACACACUCGGCAAACAUAAUGUGUUCAAUUACAUAGGAGGGAAAAUUCUGUCAAAAAUGCCUUCCUCAACUAGUCUGGUAACUAAUGAAAACCUGAAUAGGUCAGAUGAGAGUCUGUACAAGGGUUCAUCUCGAAGUCGGUUGCCGUCCGUUAACUCUUUGUCCACUCUCGGUCUUCAAUCACAACCUCUCAGUGCCAGUAACCCUGACCUUUCUGCACUCUCAGUGGAGGAGAAUGUUAAGGAAUACCCUGACAUGGUUGUCAAGGUGUACAAAGCGGACCAAACUUUUAAAUUUUUGGCCAUCACUAAGGACACUAAUGCAAGACAGGUAGUUUUGCAAGCACUGCAGGAGUUUGGAAUUACAGAACCAAGCAGCAAUUAUUCCCUCUGUGAGGUGACAGUAGAGAACGAGAACUUGGUCAAACAGAAGCGAUUGCCAGACUCCAUGGCUAAUCUUCCAGACAGGGCCAACUUAAAUGGAAGGCGUACUGUUCCAUGUGUACUCAGGUAUUACCUUAAGAACAAUAUGAACACGGAGACGCUGGUACCAGACGAGUUACGUGGAGAACUGAUAAAGGAGGCACAGAUAAGUCUGCUUCAGCUCCACACCACUGAGGUGGCAUCACAGCUCACCCUGGACGACUUCAAGGUCUUUAAGAGUAUAGAACCUACAGAGUACAUCGACAACUUGUUUGGUCUUAAGUCUAAGUAUGGUACACCUAAUCUACAGAAAUUUACAGAGCUUAUCAAUAAGGAGAUGUACUGGGUAGUCACUGAAGUAUGUGGAGAACUCAAUGUUGUCAAGAGAAUGAGAAUGAUAAAACAGUUCAUCAAAAUAGCAAAACACUGUAAAGACUGCAAGAAUUUUAAUUCCAUGUUUUCAAUAUUAAGUGGCCUUGAUAAAAUAUAUGUCUCAAGAUUACGCAACACCUGGGAGAAAUUACCCAGCAAAUAUGUAAAGAUGUAUGAGGACUUAAAAGAAUUGAUUGACCCUUCAAAGAACAUGUCCAAGUACAGAAGUUAUGUCAGUAGUGACCAUGUCCAGCCACCAAUGUUGCCAUUAUUUCCUAUUGCAAUGAAAGACCUAACUUUCCUGAAAGAUGGCAAUGAUACAAAAGUGGAUGGACUUAUCAACUUUGAAAAAUUCAGAAUGAUAGCCAAAGAAGUUCGCAACCUUUGCAAUAUGUGUUCAGCUAAAUAUGAUGUAAAUACAAUGUUCCUUGGCACACAAAGUAUGUAUGAGAGUUCUUGGAUAAUGGGAAUGGCAACCAUGAAAAGAGGGAAGAAUCGCCGAGGGUCUACCCUCCCCAAUGCUAAGAAAAUGUAUGAGGAGGCCCAGAUGGUGAGACGAGUUAAGUCUUACCUCAGUAACAUGAAGGUCAUCUAUGACGAGGACAAACUACGAGAAAUGUCCUACCAGUGUGAACCACCCGAGAACAAAGCAAAGAGAACUGAACAUAAUCCAAGUGUUCCUAAUGUAAGCAUUACAACUAAGGAAGAAAAAACUACUGCUGUACCAACAGGUCCAAAAUUUGGUGCUGAAUCUCCACAGGCAAUCCAGAAACUGAUGGGAUUGUCCGCGUCUGUUAAACCUCAUAAAUCACAUUAUCCCCUCCCCCCUGCUCCGUCAGGGGUAACCAGUCCGUCCCUUAGUUCAGGGCGACGACCACCCACAUCGCCCCGUCAUUCUGCGGCCUUAAGGUCCCAUCCAGUUCACCUGUCACCCGAGAGUUCAUCUGUCGUCAGUCUUAGUAAUAUAGCUUACCGCAGACCCAAACGUACGGGGUCACAAACUUCCCAAACAUCCUUGACGUCAAAUGAGUCAAGUUCAACAGACAACACACAAACCAGCCAUGGUUCUCAUCCGCAGUAUGCUCGGUUGUCCCAUAAUCAGCACGAAUCACCAGAUUCUGCCCGACACAGCAUGAUCUCUACCAGCUAUGAUACUCAAAGCACCAACUCAGUGGGGUCAAAUAACAGCUCGUCCUCAACUCACUCACCGCCGCCACAUUACCGACGCCAUGGACCCCAAACUGCACCGCCCUUCCUUCAUCAACAUAGUACUCCACCUCUUCCCCAGGCUAGGGCGAGACCACCAUUACCGCCCUAUAAUGUUGUCAUGCAAAAUUCACCAGCCUAUAGCCACAUUAUCCAUCAAACGUACACUAAAGUCCGCAGACCGCCCCUGCCUGACUACCAAUCUGCUACCCACAUGGCCCAACUAGCUCGCCAGAAGCAAUAUUGGCAGAUGGACCGAUCUCAUUCACAUGAAGGGGUUGUAGGAUACUGCAAUGGGCAGGCACCUUAUUACCAAGUCUCAGAUGAUGAAGAAGAGGAACAGGUGUCUGCAGUUUGAAGAGACUUUCCUACAGAAAGAUAGAACUGUUCUCCUGGCCUUAGAAAGGUCUACAACCUCCCCGCAUGUCUGUCAGUCAUUACUGACAGGAAGGGGCAUGUACAAACAGGAAGGGGCAUAGCCCCAUCUAAAGUGCAAUUCUUCCUGCUCAUCUGUGAUAGUCAAAAAAAACUUAUAAUCCUCAUUAAUGUGGGGAAAAUUGUUGGUGCAAGGGAACUUCUUGUGCAAACACUAGUGCAAUUUGACACAAAAUUGGCAAUGCGAUGCAUGUGUAUUAGUGGCAGUAUUAAUCUGACGAAGAUCUGACUCUGUGCAAACUGAUCUGAAAUCAUCCAGCCAUGUGCUGGUCUGUGUAUAUGUGUUCAGACCAAGGGACAUUUGAUGAUGGUACUUCCUACAUACAAUUAUAGUGCUAUACCAUGAUCAUAGAGUGAACUGUGCCAUUACAUCAAAUAAAGAGCUUCCUUAUUUUCCAAGGAACUGGACUCCAGAAUUAUUCAUAUAUGUAUUUGUAUACCAAAGAUUUAGUCACCAUUUUACUCAUUUUGUUUAAAAAUGGCAAGAACCAUAUUGAAUUAUUUUAAUAUCAUCAUUAUAAUAAUUAUUUUUCAUUCAAAGUAAAAGUUUAUUCAUGUUUAAUUUAUUGGAUGUAUAAACAAUAUUGUUUCUUUUUAUUUCAGAUUGUCUAUUAUGUACACACCU